UUGUAUUUGAUAGUCGUGUGUGGUAGUGCACUGUCUGCCCAAGCUUCUGAGAUAAGCCAGUUACAGGCAGCAGCAACGCGAGCUCCUCCGUUGAGCCCAAAGUCCAGCCCCGUCCAUGUGCGUUGCCGUGGCACAACUGAUGCCACCAACAGUAACAGCAGUAAAUGGUAGGAUACGGGCAACGGCCCAUCAAAAAAGGCCACGAUGUCAUUUCCAGUACCCUGUGCAAUUCUUCAGGUUGGGAUGUGUGCUCAUCUCUGGGGGAUUUUCCCAUCUCCUGGAAACACCCAGUGCCAAUAAAAUGGCUUCUCCAGUGAGUCCUAGAAAGGAGCUCAAAGGAGAUAAGGUCAGACUGGAAUGGGAUAGCAUGGUCUAAAGAAAUGGUGCCAGAAUUAACAGUAAGGAAAAGAAGCCCAGGUGAAUUCAGGAAGUUACUGGGCCUGUUGGGUUGGUGGCUGCCCAGUCAGCUGUGGAGAAACACACCCAGGAGAAAGCCUGUCUGCCCCAUGGUCACGGCAGCUCUGCUGCUGCCAUGACCUUCAUCUGGAAGGUGGCAGGUAACCUGUGCAUGCUUAAUAGGGCUGGCUGAGCCCUGCACCCAGAAAGCCUUCACUGGAAAAGGCAGAGACUUCCCUGAGGCUCUCUGCAUGUGGAAAUGACCUCCUCCUGCACACGAAAUGGGCCAGAAGGUCUCACACGAAGACAACCAAGAGAACAAGGCUGAAACUCUAGUCAUCUGUGAAGUCUUCAGCCAAGGCGUGGUCCAUGCAUCUCAAAGGCUGAAGGACUGUCUUGGUUUUGUGGAUCCUCAGAGCAAAUUCCAGCCAGCAGCAAACACUCUGAGUGGGAUCUUCUUGGUCAGCUUCAUCAGGUUCUGCAUGGAAAAGGGAGUAGAGGAAUGUGUCACAAUCAGCAAACUGACCAAGCAGCACUCCUCCCCGUGCUGGGGUGGACUGGAUCUGGGCUCUGGAGCUGACAAGCAAAUCAAACUUCAGGUGGCUGUGCAGGCUUUACAGCUGGCUGAGCUUUUCCACAGCAAAGGUGGCCUCGCUGAGACAGUGGGGGACUGCUGCCAGGAAGCCACACUGGCAGGCGAGCACUACCGAAACAGGAGCAGGUGUGAGAUGUGAGGAAGAACUUCUUUGGGGUGAGGGUGGCAGAGCCCUGGAAGAGGCUGCCCAGGGAGGGUGUGGAGUCCCCUUCUCUGGAG